AUGCAAGCCAAGAAGCUGGGUCCCGCCCUUCGCCCACCUGCCGAAACGCCUCAGCCUGCCAAGCCUUUGUCUACCUCCACCAAGAGCCCCAAGGUGUCCAAGAAUACUGGAGCCAAAGAGCCCGCGAACUUGAAUUCAUCGGCUGUAGGCUGCUGGAAAUGCUGUGGAUUCGGUUUGCUGAUCUCGACUUGGACAACUGGUACUGGUGCUUGGACACCUGUCGACAAUUUCGACAUUUAUUUUUUGACUUGUGCUUGA